AUGGUCAGUCAGUUCCAUCGAUUGUAUCUCCCGGCCGCAGCUCAUUUUGCUGUCGGGAACGUGGACAGAGCUUCCAAGACCUCGAACGCGGACUCGGCGAACGCGCCCCACUCGCCCGCGACGUCGACAUCUCACCAGGUUCGCACACGACUUGGCGUGCAACGAAAGCAGCGUGAAGGCGUACACUGACCUAGAGCUCGCUCUAUACCGAUGCAGAGGCGGAUCUACGGUUCAAGGCGCUCGCACGCCAAGUGUCGAUCCAGAUCCACAAGAUCAACGCCAAUGUUUCGGCCAUCAACAAGCUCGUAGAACUAUUGGGCACACCCAAGGAUACACCUGAUCUACGGCACAGACUGUCAGUCCAGGCGCAAGAUGAGAUGCUGUCUGCCGCUCUGACCGGCGGGGGGGAGGUGGCUCUUCCGGUUGGCAGAUCAGCUGACCUCCUCCGUCACCCAAUCUCCUUCCUGGCGACUCGCAGACACAACCUGACCGAUGCGACGAGGGAAGUUCUCAAAGAUUCGACCGCAGAAGUCAAACAGUUUGCAAACUCGGACCUCGCACCCACCGAUGUACGUUAAAUGACCACCGACCCCUCGACCUCGAUCCCCGCCUUGGCUGAUCCCGAACCGCCUGCUUCCCCGCUUUCCCCACAGCGACAGCAUCGAUACGAACAGCAGAAGGUAUCGGGUGACUUUCAAAAGGCGUUGGCGUCGUUCCAGGCGGCUUCGAAACGGAGUGCAGAGAAGCAGAGAUUGUUCGUCGAGAGGGCCAAGGUAGCGAUCAACGAUGGCACAACACCAACCUCCGACGGGGCACGGCAACUGAGCUCGGGCGCCCAGUGAGUCUUGCACUACGCAUGCAGUGUCCAGCACAUCGCUGACGAUGCGAUCACUGUGAGUAGCCGCGGCGAUUUUGCCGCGACCUCGGACCCGUUACUCGAGCUCGACGAGAACCCAACAGGGGGGCACCAACAACAACAACAGCUGGUCGAGGGGAUCCCGGACGCGGAAGUCGAAUUCCAGGAACAGUUGAUCCAAGAGCGGGAGGAAGAGAUCGAGCAGAUCGAACAGGGGAUCACCGAGUUGAAUCAGAUCUUCCGUGAUUUGGGUCAGAUCGUCGGGGAGCAGCAGUCGAUGAUAGGUGAGCGCAGGUGCGCACGAGUUCUUCCAUGGUCAGAGGCUGACCAGGAUGGGUUGCUCCGUAGACAACAUUGAAACGAACGUUAGAUCGGUCGCGAGUGAUACUCGAGGCGCCUCGACCGAACUGACACAGGCGCACGCGUACCAACGCCGCGCCGGGCGACGCAUGUUUUGUCUGCUGCUCACGUUCUUACUCGUGCUCUCGAUCGUACUGUUGGCAGUAAGUCCAAACAAGUUUACUCGUGACGGGGGUCUGUGAAAGUCGCUGGUGGCUGAGCCGAUUCGCAAUUCUCUCAGAUCUUAUCGUAG